GUAAUCAAGGCUGCGGAAGACAGCGCGUUGCAGUACAUGAACUUCAUGAAUGUGAUCUUCGCAGCACAGAAACAGAAUAUUUUGAUUGAUGCCUGUGUAUUAGAAUCUGAUUCAGGACUCCUCCAGCAGGCUUGUGACAUCACCGGGGGACUCUACUUGAAGGUGCUUCAGAUACCCUCCCUUCUGCAGUACUUGCUG